AUGGCCACUACCACGGCCGCUAGAGUCCGCACUCGGAAAGAGAACAUCUUUCGCUCUGUCUUCCCACCUGAUUCCUCGCAGCCGGCUUCUCUGGCUUCAGCCGUUGGUGUAGCCGGUGAGCCAAUCCCGAGCUCGUACGGGCCAGCGCCAGCAUCGACGUCGUCAUCGUCAUCGUCAUCAUCAUCGUUGCGUCCAAAAAGGCACGCUGCCAGCCAUAGCUCAGGCAGUGCUCACGGCUCUGCAGCCGUCACUGGUCGACGAACGCGUGGCAACCAUUCUACGCAACAGGUUUCCGCUACUUCUGUUGCUACUGAUGCUCCUGGCGUGAGCGACCAGUUACGGUGGGACCAUGCCUGGCAUGUAGUCACCUCACGCAUUCAACUGCCUACCUCUGUGGCCGUCGAGGAUUCCUUCGGUGCCCCUGCCCCUGAAUCGCAGGAUCUCGAUGUCACUUUCUACGAUUCCGUAUCCCUCGUCUUGGAUCCUACUGCUACUGUGCCACAAGCUACUCAUGUUGAGGACAUCUUGUUAUGGCAUUCUCGACAAGCCCGUCAGCACUUCCUCCAUCAGGUGCUCCCUCUGCUUGCCGCAUGUACCUCGAGCCAUCAGGGGGGCCAUUCUCAGGUUCUCCGCAGCAUCAUAGGCACCCUUGAGGCCGCGCAUAGGCAGUAUCUUUUCGGCCUGACGCUCAUCAUUAGGGGUUUCCGCGAUGACACUUCUGCUUCAGAGGCAGCCAUGGCCAAGUUCAAGAGAGACAUGCACGCGAUUGUUGGCAACUCAUGGACUCCCGAGCUAAUCACUGUGCUUCGUAGUGUUCUCCAUCAUAAUUUGCGCAUAAUACUUGGCUCUGGAAGUCGCGGCAGCGGCCUUGGGCCGGGAUGGAGCCGGGGAGCCAAUGUUCCCAAGGCACGUGGUGAACUUUUCGCCCUCCUUGAAUCCUUGCAAAACGUUGGAUUGGGCGGUGACAAGUUUCAAGUUCUCUUUGCUGAAAUAAUGGAUGCCUGCAUGCAAGACUUCAUCAGGGAUUCCUAUAGCAAGGUUUGGAAGGUGUCUGAUGGUCGGCGUAAUGCCCGGGCAAUAACCGGCCCCCUUUGCCUGAAUCAUCUGCGCGAAUGGGUUGAAAAUCACUAUAGUCGACUGGCGGUGGAAGUCCUUGGCCGUCUUGGUAGCCAAGUGGCCUGGAACGAUGUAGAGCGGUGGAGAGACGUAGCCAUCGGACGGCUCGCCACACUGCGGAUGCAUGAGCUCUUUGACAUUGUCCUACACUGGCCGGAUAGUAAAGGUGGUCUCGAUGACUUGGCAGCCUCGGUGACUACGCCCCAACGCCGUCUUCAUCUCACUGAUGCUUUUUCGGCCUCUCUCCAGGCAAGACUAUUACACCCCGGCCGCUCCACACUCGAUAUUUUGCAAACCUACAUCUCCAUGAUCCGGACAUUCCAUGCUCUAGAUCACUCCAAAGUCCUGCUUGAUAGAGUUGUGCCUGCGCUGAAACUAUGCUUGUGGAAUAGAGACGAUGCCAUUCGCAUUGUUGUCACUGGAUUGCUAGCUAAUCCAAAUAGUGCAAAUCCUGAUGAGAACAAGGGGAAGCUGGUGGAGCUUGCCAUCAUUCUCAAUGAAACGUCACAACAGCACCAAGGCCGCCCUGACGACGAAGAUCUUGACUGGAAUGACAUGACUUGGGUCCCGGACCCCGUGGAUGCAGGCGUCAACUACAAGCGGCCCAAGAACGAGGACAUAAUAGGCACGUUGAUAAGCGCUCUCGGCUUACAGGAUGUCUUCAUCAAAGAGUUCCAGGCCAUUGUUGCGGAGCGGCUGCUCUCCAAGCAGGCUAGCUUUCAACAAGAGAUCAAGGUCCUCGGCCUGCUAAAGAAGCGGUUUGGAGAGGCAGCUCUGCAGAACUGCGAUGUGAUGAUACGUGACAUUGUGGAUUCCAAGCGCGUCGAUACAGUCCUUCGGCGAAACUUGAAGAACGAUGGUGAAUUAGAGGCAAACUCACUCUCAUACCAUUCAAAGAUUUUAUCUCGUCUCUUUUGGCCUAGUUUGCCCAAAGAUCCGUUUACCGUUCCCGUACCGGUCGUGGAAGUCCAAAAGAAGUACGAAAAGGGCUUUGAGCAACUCAAGUCUUCGCGAAAGCUUAAUUGGUUGGACCACUUGGGGUCUGCAACGGUUAAGCUAGACUUUGAUGAUAGAUUCAUCGAGUUGGACUGCAAGACACACGAGGCGGCCGUCAUUUACGAGUUUCAUAACGAUGACGACAGUUCCGGCGCGGCCGGCCCGGUCCAGCGGACCUUUAAUGAACUAUGGGAGAAGCUCAUGAUUGAUGAAGAUCUUCUGGAGAGCGCUCUCAAGUUCUGGGUGGCCCAGCGAGUCCUACACGAUGUCGGAAACAAGACGUACGUGGUGCUAGAGUCGCCUGCUGAGAGCGAGCAGAAAGAUGAUGACCUGAUGGAGGAUGAAGAUGGUCUGGACGUCGAGAUGUAUAUCAACGAACAACCAUCACCAAAGAAAUCGAAGGGCAUGGAUACAAAGGAGAGGGAGCAGAGGAUCAUCUACUGGCAAUUCAUCGUCGGCAUGUUGACCAACUCGAGCCCAGCAAUGCCCCUUGGACAGAUCGCCAUGAUGAUGAAAAUGCUCAUUGCCGAUGGCUGCCCAUGGAGUAACGAAGAACUACAAGAGUUUCUCGGCAAGAAGAUUGCAGAGGGCGAACUGGAGCUUGUGGGAGGAAAAUAUCGACUGCCAAAAAAAGUCUGAACUUUUUAUUUUCCACCCCCC